AUGGCUCCAGAAUUAGUUGUAGCAUUCAGUUUCUUAUUGGUGUCGAUUCUAGUUGCCGUCAGCGGACCAAUUGGUAUUGGUAUUGGAAUAGCUGGUCUCAUCAUCGUAUUCGUAUUACGCUACACAGCAAGACCCCGCAUCGAACGUUGGAUCGAACAGCGUGAAUUUGCACGUUAUGAAAAUUUUCUUAAAUGGCAUCCAAGCGAAGUGGCACGGCUAACAGUGACCUUUCCAGAAGAGAAUGAGAUUGAUCAGAACCUUCUGUACAAAUUCGAAUUAAAAAAGCUUUCUGGAAAAGCUAUAAAGAAAAUAUUAGAACAGGAACGUCAAAAUACUGGUCAAAAACUAUUAGAAACUAAGCUUUACUUUCUCAAUGAAGAACAAUUAAAGACGUUCAGGCAGAAUCUGGAUGUCAUUUUUGGUCAUUUCGAUAUAUCAAAAGAAAUAGAAGGAAAUAUUAGUAUUACAUAUAAAGGACAUAGACUAAGUGUUCCAAGUUCCGAUGAAAAUCCUGUCACAGUUCAUCAACUCCUUAGCAAGGCCCGAUUGAAUUGGCAAAUCGAUUUCAAAAAAGGUGAAUGGCUACUAUGUACGAUGGAAGCUGAAAAUCUAGAAAAAAAGUUGAUCGCAGCUUUCGACAUGCCAGAUUCUAUUAAUCAAAUAAUACAGACCAUGCCAAAAUCUUCAACUGAAUUAGAACUUUCCUACAUAGAAUCCAGUCGAUGCACAUUGUCUUAA